GGUGCCGCCCUGAGCCCCCCGUGUCACCUCCGUCGCGAUGCGGGGGGAGCGGGGGUGCCGCCCGCCACCGCCCCCCCAUUCCCUCCCCAAGCCCCUGCGCUUUGUGCGCGCGGCGGCCACCAGCAUGCGGGGGGAGCGGCAACUUGUAGGAAGCUGCUGCUGCUCCUCCUGCUGCUGCCUCUGCUGCUCCUGCUCCUACUGCUGCUGCUGAGCCUCGGGGGGCAGCGCCCCGCAACGCCCCGAGCGCCCCCGGAGGUUUCAUUUUCCUUCACCAAUACUUCAAGGCACAGAGGAGCUGGUAAAGGCACUGCCAUGAAACCGAACUUGAAGCAAUGGAAACAACUCAUGCUGUUUGGGAUCUUUGCGUGGGGUCUGCUUUUUCUGGUGAUCUUCAUCUAUUUUACAGAUAGCAAUACUGCUGAGCCUGUUCCCAGUUCCUUUUCUUACAUUGAAACUAAGAGGCUUCUGCCCCUUCAGGGCAAGCAGAGAGUCAUAAUGGGAGCCAUACACGAUCCGUCGUUCUCUGAAACCAUUGAUGGGAAUGAGGUACUUCUGAAUGAAGACCUUUUAGGUACAUUUAAAUCGGGGACUGGAAGUAUUAAGAAAUGGACUGAUUUGGAAGAUGCCUUUAGAAGUGAAGAUGAAUAUUUUCCAUCUCAGUUAGGAAGAAAAUCAAAAAGUGCUUUCUACCAAGUGAAUGAUGAUUAUUUAUUUGCUGCUGGUCAGCCUCGGUCACACAGCAACCUUCAAGGGAUAGCAAAAUUCAUCUCAGCCGAUGAGGAUAAUCCAAAAGAAAGUAUUUUACAGAACAACUGGGGCCAUCCGAGAAGAAUGAGAAGAAGGAGCACAAAGCACAGGAGAAGCCAGUUUCUUGAUGAAUCUGAUGACUGGGAUGGGCUGUAUUCCACAAUGUCGAAAUCCUUUCUUUACAGGCUUUGGAAAGGGGAUGUCUCUUCCAAGAUGCUAAACCCUCGACUGCAGAAGGCGAUGAAAGAUUAUUUGAGCACUAAUAAGCAUGGGGUGCGGUUCAAAGGGAAACGAAACUCUAAGUUGACAGGCGACCAGCUUUUCUGUGAGCUAAAAGAAAGGGUGAAUGUGAAAACAAUAGAUGGCAAGGAGGCUCCCUUCUCCACUCUUGGAUGGGAGAAGCACGUUCCCCAAAUUCCGCUGGGCAAAUUGUAUACACAUGGCUUCGGGAGUUGUGCUGUAGUUAUGUCUGCUGGUGCAAUACUGAACUCCUCUCUAGGGGAUGAAAUAGAUUCUCAUGAUGCUGUUCUAAGAUUUAAUUCUGCUCCAACACGUGGCUAUGAAAAAGAUGUUGGAAAUAAAACAACCAUGCGAAUCAUCAACUCCCAGAUUCUCACCAACCCAAACCAUCACUUUGUUGAAAGCUCCUUGUACAAAGAUGUUAUCUUAGUAGCCUGGGAUCCUGCCCCCUACUCUGCAAAUCUGAACGUGUGGUACAAGAAGCCAGACUACAAUCUGUUCACUCCCUACGUACAGCAUCGCAGGAAGAAUCCAAACCAGCCAUUUUAUAUUCUCCAUCCAAAGUUUAUAUGGCAGCUCUGGGACAUCAUUCAGGAGAACACUAAAGAGAAGAUACAGCCCAACCCUCCUUCUUCAGGUUUUAUUGGUAUCCUCAUCAUGAUGUCCAUGUGUGACGAAGUGCACGUGUACGAGUACAUACCUUCAGUCCGACAGACCGACCUAUGCCACUACCAUGAACUCUACUACGAUGCAGCUUGUACCUUAGGGGCCUAUCACCCAUUACUCUAUGAGAAGCUGUUGGUGCAGAGAAUGAACAAAGGUCUGCAGGAUGACCUGUAUCGGAAGGGGAAGGUCAUUUUGCCAGGAUUCAAAUCUGUCAAGUGCCCCAAACGAAAUAAUUUCCCACACUUGUAGAAGAGAGUCCUUCAGAAACAAUGUGCAAUAAGGUACUACUGUCGUACUAUAAACAAGGAGAGAAUACUUGAAAAAUGUAUCUUAGACCAAUCUAGUCUUGAGUCUAUAAAUUGUAAUUAAGUAGCAGGCAUGAGAAAUACUUCUUUUCUGAGCCUGAGUAUUUAUUACUGCGUUGCAAAUAAUUAAAGGAAAAAAAAAAUGCUUAGCUUACGAAAGGUGCAGAGGAUAUACUUAGGCAGAAGUAUAAUGUAUUGUUGUGGGUGUGACUGUCAGAAUUUGUCAGUGGUCUCUUAUGCCACAUAUGCUAAAUGGUAACUUUUUAUUUUCUAAAUGAAUUUAUUUAACUGUUAAAUCUGGCAUUGUGAAACAGCCUGAAUCGUUCAUGUACAGAGCUGCCAGUUGAACAAUACAUCCUUUCUCAUGGCUCUGUGGGAUUUUCACACUCUCCAAGAAUGAAGUAAUUGCUACUCUGAGCUGUGCGUUCAUUGAUUAGAGUAGACUUUUAAUUCCUGUUCACACACAGGUUUAGUUACAGGCUUCCAAUAGUGUAGGGGGCCUUAUGCUGGCUAUAAAGUCAAUGCAGACACACAAACCAGAUAAAUCAGUAAAACUACUGGAUGUAGCUUUGGUCACACCAUUGCUCAAACUGUGUGGGGCAGAGGGAAAUGAGAAAUUCCUCAUUUCCAUAGAAAGCAAGAAAUAUAUUGAUAACUCAUUCAGGAAAAAAAAUUCUCCCUGAAAGGCCCAUGAAGAAAGUGAGAGGGAAAUGAUGCCUUCCCUUGGUCUGCACAGAUAAAAACUAUCCAAAGAAAGCCAAGGGAGGCUGUGUAGCACACACAUCACACUGAAAGCAAAUGUAGAGGGAGCUCACCUUUCUUCAUCAAAUAUAGCAUUCAAGAUUAUAGACAUAAUUUGUUAGGCAUUUCAUUGUGAUACAAGUCAAAUUCACUUGCUCACAAGUUACUGCUGUUAAGAAAGUAUAGGGAGUUGUCUAACAAAAGAAGAGGAUAUCAUUUUAUUUUAUUUUUAUUAACCUUUGAAAAGCUAUACCCCAGAGAAGCUGUAAUGCCUGAAAAAAAAAAAAAAAAAAACAAACAAACAAACAAAAAAAACCUGACUGCGGAUUGCAUAUGGAAAUAAUUUAAUAUUUUCCUUUGUAAUACACAAUGAGAAUAUUCUCUAAGGCUAUUCUGAAAAUCCACGUGAACGCUAACACAUCUAAAACAGUACGACUUCAGAUUUUCAUAUAGACUGGAGGAUUUAUUGUUGUUGUGUUAUUCUUUUUCCUUGUUUUUUAUUUAUUUUUUUAUUUUUUCCACAUAACUGUACCCUUUCUGAGAGUAAGUUCAGUAGAAAAGUAUGUAACCAAAACCACAGAUAUGUCUUUUUCAAUUCCAUUCAGUAAAAAUGCAAAAAAAUUCAAAGAGGCACUGAAAAGAGUAGCUGAGUUGAGUGGUUGUGGUGGAAAGUAUCUUUUGUGUUUUGUCUUAAGCAAUAGUAAGGCAAUUAAAGAGUGCAAAUGGUAUGACUACUUCCUAUUCAAUAGUAAUGUAUCACCAGAGAAGUCUUUUUCUGUCACUCUGCUCUUAGGGAGUGAUGAUUUUCCCUCCUCAGAAGUGAAGAAAAUGUCUUCUGUAGGGCUUAGCUUUCUUUUCCUAUGUAGCCUCUUAAUUUGGGCUAUAUGGUCCUGUAAGAUUCCUGUCACUGACAGAAAGUGUGUCCAGAUGGUCUAAAAACUGUACUUCUGGGUUUUGGAUAAUCAUGUCCAUGAAUCAUUUUGGUACAUAUUGAAAUGAAUAAUUUUUAUUUAUGUUAGCCUUAGACCCUGGAUAUAUUACAUACUGAGUUUUUUAAUGUUAUGUAUGUCAGCAGCUUUUAUUCUUAAUAACAUUAUUUAAUCUUGCAGAGAAAAGAUAACCUACUUAGAGCUAUUCUAUUUUUCCAUAUGCUUGGUAACCUGUUUGCAAAACAUUUGAAGUCUGAACCAGUACUGUCAAAUAUGUCUCUCUCUCCAGUGUGUUGGAUUAGCUACAACAUGUUUGUAAAGAAAGGGAGCUGAUUACCUUUCUAGGACUAAUGAAUAUACUACUUUUCCAUAAACAGGAAAUGAUCAAGUUCUAAAAGAAAAAAAAAAAAAGUCACUUUGGUCUGUAACCACUAACCUUAAACUUUGUUUUCCACAAAGAAGAAAAAUACUAACUGUAUUACUCAACUACCCACAGCAGGAUUAUGUUGUAUUACUCCCUCGGUAAUCUGACAGAAUAAUCCACAUAUCUGUUGUACAGAACAAUGUGAAUUUUACAAAGUCUCAUGUAACAGGUGAUGAACAUACUUACUUAAUACAUCAUUUAAAUAAUGAUGCAGAACCAGGUCUGAGACAUCAGAAAAUUAAGUGUAUAUUUUUAAUUUACUGGACUCUGCGCAUUCAAGCCCUUUCAGCAGAAUCUUCUACUUUGCCAGUAUGCCAGCUCUUUAACCUUUGAUGAUAAUUACUGCAACUGUUUCCAGGAGAAAGUGGUGUGUGCUUGCCAGCUGCAUCCUGAUUUAUACAGCAGUCAAUGCUCCUUCCACCAGAGCUGGGUGGGUGCUGUAGCAUCAUCUUAGAAGAUGCCACAGUGCUGUGCUGCCAGCACUUACUUUCUUGCAGUGGAGGAAGACCAACUUGUGAUGCCCAUCUUCUU